CCAAGUCUAAUGCGGUAGUUGUCUUCUGCUUUAAUCUAUUCAUCCGCAGUUUGGCUCGAGAUUCUUCCUCAGCGUAUACUACCAAUCAGUCCACAAGUGCAGUCAAGACAAGAACUGAGCCAGUCAAUCAAUCAUAAUGUCAAAGACAAUCCUCAUCACAGGUGCUGGCGGCUUCGUUGGUCAACUCCUCGCCGAGCACCUUCUCAACGAUGGCCACAAAGUCAUCCUCGCAGACAUUUUCGACCCUCCCGUCCCAUCGGCAGCAAAGAAUCAAGAGAAUGCCACAACAAUCAAAGCGGAUCUCUACGAGGACCCCAACGCCGUGCUCUCCCAGAAACUCGACGCUGCAUACGUCUUCCACGGAAUCAUGUCCGCCGGCUCAGAAGAGAACUUCGACCUAGGCUACCGCGUAAACCUCCACUCAACCCUCAACCUCCUCGAAGCGGUCCGCAAAACUCAACCCGGACUCAAAUUCAUCUACGCUUCAUCAACCGCCAUCUUCGGCCAACCACUUCCUGAACAACCUUCCGAAGCCACAGUCCCAACACCACAAGGCUCCUACGGAACGCAAAAGGCCAUGAUCGAAUACCUCAUCAACGACUAUACCCGUCGCGGCUACAUCAACGGUUUUUCCCUCCGCUUCCCCUCCAUCAGCGUCCGUCCAGGUCAACCCACCCAAGCCGCAUCCUCCUGGAUGAGCGGUAUAAUCCGCGAACCUCUCCAAGGGAAAGAAUCCAUCCUCCCUUGCGAUGAUGAUUUCAAGGCUUGGUUGUGUUCUCCUAGGACCCUGGUGAAGAAUUUGAUUCAUACUCUGUCCUUGGAGAAGGAUUGUAUGCCUUCGCAUAUUCGACAGGUGUUGUUGCCGGGAGUUACGAAUACGGUGAAGGAUAUGUUGGAUGCGCUGAGAGAGGUUGGUGGAGAGGAUGCGGUGAAGUUGGUGAAGAGGGAGAAGGCGAGUCCGGAGAUUAAGGCUAUGUUGGAUAGUUGGCCGAUUACGUUUGAUGUUAGUAAGGCGCUGGGGUUGGGAUAUGUGAGGGAUGAGAGUUUUAAGGAUGCUGUGCAGGAUUUUGCGAAUAGUCUGAAGAAGUAG